AGAAGAGAAACUCUUGUAUUAAUCAAUAAAUACAAUGAAGGCAAUUGAGGAAGAGACAGAUACAGAAAUGGAGCAAAAAGAAAGUCGUCUCUCUCCUCCUCCUCCUCAUGUCCUAAUCUUCCCUCUCCCUCUACAAGGACCAGUGAACUCUCUCCUGAAACUCGCCGAACUCCUCUGUAUCGGCGGUCUUCAUGUUACCUUCCUCGUCACCGACCACAUCAACCGUCGCAACAGCAAGAUCCAUUCCCAUUUCAGUCGGUACCCAGGUUUCUACCUUGACACCAUCUCCGAUGGCCUGCCGGAAGACCAUCCUCGAACCGCCGAUACUUUCAUGGAGAUCUUCGAUUCCUUGGAGAACACAACCAAACCGUUAUUCAAGGAAAUGCUUCGGAGGAAAAGCACCGAUGAUUAUGAACACGUCCGACCGCCUGUGAAUUGUGUGAUAGGAGAUGGGAUAUUGGGAUUUACAAUCGAAGUAGCGAGGGAAUUGGGUAUACCCAUAAUUUGUACUAGAACCAUUAGUCCUUGUUUCCUUUGGCUGGUGUUUUGUCUCCCAAAAUUAUUCGAAGCCGGCGAAUUACCCUUUGAUGAUGAUGAUUUGGAUGUUCCGAUUAAAAGUGUUCCCGGGAUGGAAGGAUUCCUCCGGCGUCGAGAUCUACCAAGUUUCUGCCGUGCCGGUGACUUAACAGAUCCAAAUCUGAGAUUAUACUUGAGUGAGAUUAAUCUUUCCCCUCGAGCAGAUGGAUUAAUACUCAACAGCUUCGAAGAACUUGAAGGCCCACUUCUGUCUCACAUACGCACUCUAUGUCCAAAUCUCUACACAAUCGGACCUCUCCACGCCCAUCUGAACUACAAAUUAUCGACGGAAACAUCGUCGAGAUCUUCCAACUUCCGUGAUGAAGAAGAUAGAAGCUGCCUGUCCUGGCUAAACGCCCAACCGGAGAAAUCAGUCAUCUAUGUUAGCUUCGGUAGUAUAGUAGUCCUUACAAUUGAGCAAAUGACCGAAUUCCGUCAAGGAUUGGUGAAUAGCGGACACAGGUUCUUAUGGGUCAUCAGAGAUGACGCGAUUACCGGCGGCGGAGGCGGGGGAUGGUUGAGAGAGGAGAAGAGUAGCAGGGGAUACAUAGUGGGAUGGGCGCCACAAGAGGAGGUUCUAAGUCACCCUUCAGUUGGUGGGUUCUUGACACAUAGUGGUUGGAAUUCAACUCUAGAGAGUAUAUACGAAGGGAAACCGAUGCUUUGUUGGCCAUACUUUGUGGAUCAGCAAUUGAACAGCAGGUUUGUGGGUGAGGUUUGGAAAUUGGGUUUGGAUAUGAAGGAUACUAGGGAUCGAUUUCAGGUUGAGAAGAUGGUUCGGGAAAUCAUGUCGGAUAAGUUUAAUCGGUGUUCAGAUCAGAUGGCUCGUCUAGCUAGACAAUCCAUUGAAGAAGAUGGGUCCUCGUCGCGUGAUCUUAAUCGAUUGAUUCAAGAUAUAAAAGCAAUGACUAUUAACCAUAAUUAGCUAUGUCUUUCUGCUAUCUUUGAUGAUCUUUCUUUUGGUUGGAUUAUCUUUGAUGAUUACUUUCUUUUGGCUACUUUUGAUGUUUCAUGUAUAUAAGUUGCAAGAAAUAAUUUCUAUAUGGAGGGCUUUUAUUUAUUUUUA